CAAUCUAGCCUUUUGACAUCAAUUGCUCGUGACGAUGCUGAGAUCGCUCACAAAACGAAUGGGCGAUUGAAACAAGAAAAUAAACAAUAAAAAAUCAAGCGAUCACACAACGAUAUGGCUAGCGAAACGAAUUCAUUGCCAUCGGUUGCCGGCAAUUUAGGAAAGGCUGCCGAAAUUGUACAGGACCCGGUACGACCGCAACCGCAGCCGGAUGAUACAUGCCAGGACAAGUUUCACAAGGUGCUAAGUGCGUUCCUAAAUCGAGGCUUCAAGAUCAACAAUGAUGUCUAUCUAGAGAUGAUUAUCAGCCACCUAUCCGGAAAAUACUGCGUCGACCAUCGCAAGAUGGUAAAGUCUGCCGAAGUAUUCCAUUGGCUUGAAACCACCCUGAAGCAGUGGGAAAGUGAUAAACCUCCGGCCACUGACAUUGCCGCCUUUACAUUGCAACUGCUGGCGAUGAUUGUCGAAAAUGAGUGGGACUUUGCACGGAUCCAAAACGGGAGCCGCAUGCUCGACCGUUUUCAGCAAUGCAUUCAAAGCAAUGGAAAAAUGCAAAACCCUUCCAUCAAGCUCGGUCACGUGCUGGUUUUGAAGGCAAUUUCAGGCCACGCCAUGGGUAUGGCCUGGAUAAAGCAAUCGGGAUCAUGGAGGAUUUGCCUGGAUUACUACAACGGCUACCAGACGAUCUACAUCACUCGCGAAACGUCGCUUUUCAUCUACGAGGUCCUUGAGCGCUUCUGUGUGAUGGGCGACUACGACGAGGUGAAGGAAAUCAUUCGUACCAUCUUGUCGCCGCUGAUCGAUUGCGUGUGGAAAAGCCCUGAGCAGGAUGAUGCUGUGUUGGUCAACGAUUAUCACUCUCAGAAGAUCAUCUCACCGUUGCUGAAUCUUAUGCAAACACUGUUCCGAAAGAUCAUCGAGUCAAAACAACGCACCCGGGUGGCCUACUUCAUUCUGUAUACAUACAAGUUCGAGCGCAAUCUGUGGAAAUUCACCGAUACGAUGCACGAUCACACGUACCUGACCAAAAUUUGGCAGACGCAUAUCUUUGCCAACUGCGCCAGGCUAUGCACGAUGGAAAUUCCUCCGGAUGACACCGUAGCAGUUGAUCUGACGUUUGAUCGGUAUACGAUUAAUUUUCUGAACUACGUAAACUUCUCCAUCCGCCGUGGCAAUGUGCAGAACGUGAUGCUGAUGGCGGAAACGCACCACUCCCUGUGGCGCAUUCUGGGUGAGCGGGCGCCGGAAGAAGUCGUCCUGAAAAAUCAAAGCAUCCGAUUCGGCGAUCAGAUCCUUUUGCUGCAGCUCUUUCCCGUUGUGUACGAGAUGCAGUGCUUGGGCUCAAAGGAGCUGCCGGACUAUAUCGAAAAGUUCUGCACGAAGCUGUAUGAUAUUGCGUGCGAGUUUACAAUCCGUCUGAUCUACGCCUGCCGGGACAUAUUCCAGGCGUACAAUCUGAACGUGACGGAGUUGGCGUGCAAAUCGAUACAGGGAAUUGUCACCACACACAAACUCCCUCGUCCUCGCGCGAUUAUCGCCUUUCAGGCGUUCGUGUACCUGUUGAAGGAGUUCCUACCGGACAUGUGCUGCUCGGUAGAGGGACAGAAAAUUGACUGCGGUAAUACGGACCUCAUUCUCAGCAAACCUAACCUCCUCUCUGCCAUCAUUAACGGGCUGAUGUCACUGAUUGAAAACUAUAAAAUUACCUGGAAGGAAUGCAUCGAAUCGACGACGGUCGUUAACUUUAUGCUGAAUUUGCUCACCAAUCCCAACCUACCAUCGAGGCUGGUGGUACUAGCCCUGAAGCUGACGCAAAUUUCGAUCGAACACUUCCUGGCACCGAAUCUGGCACUGCUGAUGGACAAUAUUAGUGGAUCAGGAUUGGAGCAUGUAGGCCACAUUAUCUACAAACGGCUGCAUGAUUUAAGCUGGGAAGCACGAGAUUCGGCCCUGGAACUGUUGGCUUCCAUAGUCAGCAUUUCGGAAAUCAAAUUUCCUGCCUUCCAAAAGCAUAUUCUCGAUUGUGAUAUCAUCCCUGUAGUGGAAGCCGCGGCAAAGAAUGACACCGAGGCGUACGUUCGUGCAUCGGCCCUGCGUUGUUUGACGCUUAUGGUCAAGAUACGCCUGUUGUGGGAACACUCCCUAUCCAAGCUGUCGCUAAUGAACCAUCUAAUAGACGUGAUAGACAACGAAAGCGAAGGUAUUGUACGGCGCGAAGCGGUAAACACGGUCCGGGAAAUCUACGCCAAUCACAAAAUUCAACCUCAAUGUUUGGACAGCGUUUUCUCUGUUUUGGCGUACGCCGCCGCCAAUGACCUAUACUGGGAGGUAAAAGUUAAUGCAUUGCAAUUUUGGCGCUUGGUUAUGUGCCGUCAGUUUCAGCACCAGGGAAUGAUCGAUGGCACCUUCCCGUCGGUAACUUUCUCCAAGGAGCACAAGAAGAUCGUCACCCUGACAGAUCGUGAAAUUCAAACGCGGCUCAUGAAGGUACUGAAUGAACUCUCCCUCCGGGGAUGUCUGGGGGUGCUGUUGGCCUGCCUCGGCGACGACUGUGAUCUGGGUGUGGUCAAGGAAACGAUAGCCAUCAUCAACAAGCUGAUGUCGCACUUGAACAAGUACAACUUUCUCGACUACUACCAGAAUCUCGCCGGAUCUCCUCCCAACUCAGUGUCAUCGACGGCUUCAUCUACGCCGGUAGGAUCGACGCAGCAACCAUCCGGACGGGUGUCGGUAAUCGAUACAAACUACGCCGAAGUAAAACCUCCCGAGCGAUCUUCGUUCGGUGCUGGAGUGUCGCUAAGUGGUUCAUCAUGGAACACCGACAGUUCAACAAGCACCGUCUCAUCCGGUGGGACACCUCUUUCGCAGCGGCGCAACGAUGCCGACUACAACAGCGGCAACGUGGCCUGUAAUACGGCCAACGCGGACGAGAUCAUCGACUCGAUCGUCAAUCUCAACGACAUGAACUUACUUUCCGUUACGUACAAUCCAAACGUAACGACCGUAGCGACUACGUACGUGCGCCAGCAGCAGGCCGAUGAUUGUGGGUGCGAUGCAAUCCACCGGCAUACCGAUCUGUUUCGCCAGUAUGCAGCCGUCAGUGCUGAGGCUUUUCUGAGCCGUGUUAGGACUCUCGAUUUAGCUGCGAUCAUCGCGAGCCGGCAGCAAUGGUUGGAAAAUACGGAAAGUUUCAGUUCGCUGUUAGACGAUGUUCUAUUUUCCUACUACGCUGCCGAAGUUAAUGAUGCCGAUUGUUACUAAAGGCUACAAUUUGUUUUCAACUGAAUUGAUAAGUGAACAGAAGUGUUUCUGAGCUCAAAAACAAAAUGUAUACGUUUCGUUUCCCAUUUGUAAGCAUUGUAUUAAGAUUCCUCGUUCGCUUCUUGUUACACCUGUGGUGGAUUGUGCAUCAAUGUUUUCUUUUAGCAUAAACAAAUAAUGGUUUAAAAUAUGCCUUUCAAACCAGACUUGUCAGAGCUUUUGCAAAGUUUGCGAAACGAAACGAUAUUAUAUCGUACUUAAUAUAGCAAUGCAUAGUUAUUAAUUCAAUAUUGUUCCGUUAUUCCAUCUUAACCAAUUCCAACUGGCACGUCAA